AUUAUUGAACCGACUUUGCGGCCUCAAAGAACAACCCAAUUACCUAACCUAAGACAGUUUCUAUCUGCAGGUCCCUGCAGCCUAAAGAUUCCCAUGUACCUUGGUGACACGAUACAAACGGUUUUGUCAUUUAUCCUGUCGAAAUCAUACCUAUGUAAUUCGUAAUCCUUUCCCCUGCCAGCUACCAGUCACCACCAACACCACCAACACCACCAACACCACCAACACCACCACCAACACUACCAACACCAGUUCCAACCAUACUCCCAACAUCUACACCUACCCAUUCCAAGUCGCCACCCAGACCCUCUACCGCGAUGACUUCCUCGCAAAAGCGCAUAGGCAAGGAGCUCCAAGAAUGCACGUCCUCCCCCCCAACCGGCAUGGUCGUAACGCUCCCCUCCGAAUCCGACAUCCACCACUGGACCGCGACCCUAGCCGGGCCCCCCGGCACCGUCUACAGCGGCGGCAUAUUCGCCCUGUCCAUCGUCCUGCCCGCCGACUACCCCUUCAAAGCACCCCUGGUCACCUUCGCGACGCGCAUCUACCACCCCAACGUGACCAACGAUAGCGUCGGGUCCAUCUGCCUCGGCAUGCUCAAGCCCGAGAACUGGAAGCCCGCUAGCAGGGUCCGCGCCGUCCUCGACGCCGUGCGCCAGCUCCUCAUCGAGCCCAACCCCGACGACCCCCUCGAGCCCCGCAUCGCCGACGAGUACAAGAACAACCUCCGCGAGUUCGAGAAGACGGCUCGCAGCUACGUUACCCGCUAUGCCCAGCAGCCUGCUAAGAAAUAAGCGGCUGCGACUUAGAUAUCCGGUAGUUGGUAGUUAUCUGAUAGUGCGGCUGAGAGAGAGAGAGAGAGAGAGACAGGUGGGGGGGACUGUUUGUCGGACAGAUAGAUACCCCAUUUUCCCUUCGACGAGUGAGGCACCUAGGAAUAGUUCUCGUGGGGAUGGUGGUUACAUUUAGAUGCAGGGAAGGGAGAAGUUACCUGUGAAGACAUCACGAGCAGACGCAAGCUCGCAUGGCUACCCUAAGUAGUUACGACGAGACUAAAGUCCGAAGGCUAGGGUCGUUCAAAACCCACCAUUUUCCUACACCAUUUUCAGAAAUGUAUUUAUGGACAAGGCAGGAAUUAGGCAUGGUAACAUUAUGGGAAACCUCACGAUUCAUGAAAACAGAUAUUCGACACGUUAGAAACACCUCGCAAAUAUAGCGAGAUAAUUACGAUAACUAAGCUAAUCACUAACAAGGUUAUUUGA